UUUUGGACACAUACGCCUUCUCAUUGUGGACGACGACGCGCAAUGUUCUUUUCAGCACUCGUAUUCUAGCCUUUCAGGUGUUCAAAGCUGGCAAAGGUAAGUUCGCCUUCGGCGCCAUCUACAACAACCUAUCGUCAUCAGUCAGCCAAGAAUCACUCACGUAUUGAUUCUGUUUGGCGUGGUAUAGGGCGACAGUUAUAGUUACAUGCAGAUAUGGUGCUGAGAAUCAACGUAGACGCCCUUUUAUCUGGAAGGAAACGCAUUUGUCUACGCCAGUCAGCACUGAAUUUCAAGAAUAUCGUGAUACUAUUGUCAAUCAAUCUGGUGAUGGUUGUUAUUUUGUCAAAACGGAACAAAUGGGUUGAACAGGAACCGAAUACGAUGAUUACCCAAUCAAUUCCUGGCAAUGUAGUAACGAUAAAAACAGUGCAAGAAGCCAGGUCGAGUAAAUUCAAAUCUAUUUUGAUAUGGAACAGUCCUGAACGCAUCGAGACGUCCCUAUUCGGUACAGGGCAUGAACCUUUUGUGCGACAUGGAUGUGAGGUUUUUGAAUGCAUCAUCUUUGAUAAGCAAACAGCUUUACCCGCUGCUAAAUACGAUGCAAUAAUCGUAAAUGUGCACGAACUGUGGUUAACUCAUCUCCCAUUUUUCAGAAGGCAACAGCAUCAACGUUUCAUCUUCUUUACGCAAGAGUCACCAACUUCAAUGUUUUUACUCAACGUCAAUAACCUGAAAAAUUAUUUCAACUGGACGAUGAGCUAUAGAUUGAAUUCCGACAUCCAAUUAUUAUAUGGUCGCAUCCAGCCGCGGCCAUCUGCCCCCAAGGCACGGAGGGAAACGCGGAAGUUGAUUGAGGCCACAGGCCGACCGUCAGCCAGAAAUUAUGCUUCAAAUAAAGUCAAGCAGGUAGCUUGGAUGGCAUCUCAUUGCAAUACAGCUAGUUUGAGAGAGACGUACGUCCGUCAACUAUCUAAGUUCAUUGCCAUUGACGUUUAUGGCGAGUGCGGCAAUCUCAGUUGCGUUCGCAGCAAUUCAAACUGGCUCUCUGACCCCGAAUGCUACAACAUGCUGGAAACGAAAUACAAAUUUUACUUGUCGUUUGAAAAUUCCAUCUGUGACGAUUACGUCACGGAGAAAUUUUUCGAAAUCAUGAACCGUAAUAUUGUUCCGGUGGUGUACGGUGGUGCCAAUUACAACGAGAUCGCACCUCCUCAUUCGUACAUCAACGCUCUGGAUUUCACGCCGGAGACAUUGGCUUACUACCUGAAAUUACUCGACGCUAACGACACGUUAUACAACGAAUAUUUUUGGUGGAAGGAUCACUUCACGGUUGAAGCUGGGGUGGAGCAAAUGGCUCGCCACGGCUUCUGCGAUCUGUGCAAGAAACUCCACGAGGAUCGGGGGGUAACCAAGUAUUAUCCUGAGCUGUUCUCUGAAUGGCAUCACACAAAAAGGUGCAAAACUUUCAAUUCGUGGGAAAUACACACUUAACUGACGUUCUCAA